AUGGUCAAAGAAGGCGAUGCCACUGCUCAACCCGUUUUUAGUAAAGGGAAACAUCAAAAGAAGUGUGGCCAGCAGGUCAAGCCAUACAAGCCAUCUCCAACUGACGUAGCUCCAGAGGUGACCACAGACUCCGACACGGAGGGAGUGUGGUUCACAGAUGCAUCCUCCCAAAGGCUAGGAUCACAGCGGCGCUGCAAGGCUGAAGCUCUGGAGAUUGCCGUAGGCAAGACUGUAACCAAAGAAGGUAGUGCACAAGUGGGAGAACUGUGUGCAUGUACAUUGGCUGUGGAGAAUGGCGCUGAAGAUGUCUACACUGAUUCAUAUGCCACAUUUAAAGGUGCCACUGAGUGGAUCUGUCAGUGGGAGGGAAAUCAGUGGGAGAUAGGCCAUACCAAGGUCUGGAGGGCUGAAGACCAGCAAAGACUUUUAGAAAUAGGCUGGUCAAGACCCAUAAAAAUGAGAUGGGUCAAAGGACAUUCCAAGAAAGAAACCCCUGUUGCAAAAUGGAGCCAGCAGGUUGACUACUUGGCAUGA